AUGGGUAAAACCUCCAAGUCUACCAGAAAGUUUCAAAGCAAACAUUUGAAGCAUACCUUGGAUCACCGUAGGGAAGUUCAAAAGCAUAACAAGAAGCAUGCAUCCCGAAAGAAGAGUAAAUCAUCGAGUGAUGAUGCUGAAGUGAGUGCUCCAGUUUCCAAGGCCACCAAAGAGGUUUUUGAAGAUAUGCCAGUUGAUGAGUUUUUCGCUGGAGGGUUUGAGGUUCCAAAAGAAAAGAGAUCAAAGAAACAAGGAAAGAAAGAAGAGGAAGAAGAAGAAGAAGAAUCAUCUGAGGAAGAGGACGAAGAAGCCAUGAAAGCUGAUUUAGAAAACUUAGAAGAAAAAGAUCCUGAAUUUUAUAAGUACUUGAAAGAAAACGAUAAAGACUUGUUGGAUUUUGAAGGGGUGAAUCCAUUGGAUGCGAUGAGUGAAGAUGAAGAUGAACAAGAACAAGACGAUGAAGAACAAAACGAAGCACAACCAGAAGCUGAUGAAGAUUCCAGGCCAGCCUCUGGUGAUAAGAUUGAGAUUACCAUUGAUUUAGUUAAAAAAUGGCACGAAAGAUUGCAAAAUCCAACAACUAAAGUUAUAAAGAAUGUUUGUAUUGCAUUCAAAGUGGCUGUCAAUAUUAAUAAAUCUGAUGCCGAAGAUCAUAAGUAUGCUGUUACUGAUCCAAAAGCAUUCAAUGAAUUGAUGUUCUUGGCUUUGAAAGAUGUUCCUGAAGCAAUUCAAAAAUUGAUCCCUUAUAAGAUUAGUCCACAUACUGGUGUCAGAACUAUCCCUCAAAAAAAUCAACAUCUUAAACAUGUUUCAAGCAUAUUAAAAUCCCAAGCUGGUUCUUAUAUCACCUUAUUAAAAGAUAUCACUAAUACUGAAACCGCAGCUUUGGUUUUAAAAUCUUUACAAGAAGUUCUACCUUACUAUUUAUCUCAUAGAAGAUUAUUAAAACAAAUCUUCACCGCAAUUGUUGAUGUCUGGGCUACCACUAGUGAAGUUGAUACCCAAAUUGCUACUUUUGCUUUCUUAAAUAACGCUUCAAAAGAAUUCCCUAAAUCUGUUUUGGAAAUCGUCUUGAAAUUGGUUUAUUCUUCAUUUUUACAAAACUGUCGUAAGACUAAUGUUCAUACCAUGCCAAUGAUUAAUUUUUGUAAAAAUUCAGCUGCUGAAUUAUUUGGUAUCGAUGAAACUUUAUCUUAUCAAAUCGGUUUUGAAUAUGUUAGACAAUUAGCUAUCCAUUUAAGAAAUAGUAUUAACGCUACUUCAAAUGCUAAAGAAGGUUAUAAGGCCAUUUAUAAUUGGCAAUAUUCUCAUUCUUUAGAUUUUUGGUCAAGAGUUUUAUCUCAACAUUGCAAUCCUGAAAAAGAAUUAGAAAAUCAUAAAAGUAAAGAAUCACCUUUAAGACAAUUAAUUUAUCCUUUAGUACAAGUCACUCUAGGUGCUGUUAAAUUGAUUCCAACUGCUCAAUUUUUCCCAUUAAGAUUUUACUUAAUCAGAUCUUUACUCAGAAUAUCACAAUCUACUGGUACUUUCAUUCCAAUUUUCCCAUUAAUUUCAGAAAUUUUAACAUCAACUGCCAUGACAAGACUGCCAAAACGUUCCAAUUUAGUUGCUGUUGAUUUUGAACAUAAUAUUAAAGUUAACCAACAAUAUUUAGGAACCAAGGUUUAUCAAGAUGGUUUAUGUGAACAAUUUAUAGAAUUAUCCGGUGAAUUUUUCGUUUUAUAUUGUAAAAGUGUUGCAUUCCCUGAAUUAAUUACCCCUGCUGUCUUAUCUUUGAGAAGAUUUAUCAAAAGAUCCAAGAAUAUCAAAUUCAACAAACAAUUACAGCAAUUCAUCGAAAAAUUAAAUUCAAAUGCUAACUUUAUCAGUGGUAAAAGAUCUAAUGUCGAAUACGGACCAUCAAAUAAGACCGAAGUUCAAUUAUUUUUGAAGGACUUUGAUUGGGAAAAGACCCCAUUAGGUCAAUAUAUAGUCGUUCAAAGACAAGCCAAGGAAGAAAGAUUAAGAAUUUUCAGAGAAUCAAUUGCCGAAGAACAAAAGGCAAUUGAAGAAAAGAAGGCUAGAGAUGCAGCUGAAGACUCAGAUGUUGAAAUUGAUCUCGAAAGUGGGUCUGAAUCUGACGAAGAAUAA